CCCUAUAAAUGCUUUAACUUAGAGCUCCUAUGUAACCAUGUUCUCAUCAACCCUCUUUCCUAAAUAAUAAUUAGCCUUCAUCACACACUGAUAAGAGAGAGAGAGAGAGAGAGAAUGGAGUUGUAUGACCAUGAUUUCUUGGAUGAGUUAAUGUCACUAAGAAGAGAAACAUGGGAAAGCACAAAUAAUAAUCCAUGUGAUGAAGAAGGAAACUACCAAUUACUCUUCUCAAAUAAUAAUGGGUGGGAUAAUAGUGGCGGUUUUGAUCAUCAAAAUUAUUACUCAUCACCUUCUUCUAUUUUUGUUCCAAACUCCUCUUAUUCUUGUUCUUCUUCUUCUUACCAAGAAGUUCCUCAAAAUUGCAACGAUUAUUAUUGUGACACUACCUUCAAUGAAAUCUAUAGUUCCUUGCUUGAAGAAUUCUCAGCACCACAGAUCAAUAAUAGUGACACUACUACUCCACCACCAAUACUAAUGAGUGAUCAUCAAGAGGAUUAUAAUAAUAGUAAUAAUAAUGAGAAUCCAUUAUUGGUGUCUAUGUUGGUGGAAGAAGAGCUUCAAAGCUUGGAGAUGCAAAGAGAGUGCAAAAUGGAGGCAAGUCAAUCAUCUUCUCCUCCUGUUUUCAACUCGGAAAGGAAGAACAAUAAUAGAGCAAAGAAGGUUGAGGGCCAACCCUCCAAGAAUCUAAUGGCUGAGAGGAGAAGAAGGAAGAGAUUGAAUGAUAGGCUCUCCAUGCUUAGAUCAAUUGUCCCUAAGAUUAGCAAGAUGGACAGAACAUCUAUACUUGGUGACACCAUUGAUUACAUGAAGGAACUACUAGACAAGAUCAAUACUUUGAAACAAGAAAUCCAAGUGGUGGAUGACUCAAAUGGCAUUUUAUCCAAUGAUAUACACCCAAAUGAUAUUUUAGUGAGAAAUUCUCCCAAGUUUGAUGUGGAGAGGAGGAAUAAUAAUGGAGACACAAGAGUUGAGAUCUGUUGUGGUGGGAAGCCAGGGAUGUUGCUAUCUACAGUCAACACUUUGGAAGCAUUGGGUCUUGACAUUCAACACUGUGUUAUAAGCUGUUUCAAUGACUUCACAAUGCAAGCUUCUUGCUCAGAGGAGUUGGAGCAGAAGAGAAUGGUGAGUUCUGAAGAUAUAAAGCAAGCACUGUUUAGGACCGCAGGAUAUGGAGGGAGAUGUUUCUGAUAAUACAACAAUUAUUACUAUUAUUAAUCAUCAUUACAAGAAAAAAAACAAAAGUGAAUGCAGCAAGUGCACCUAAGCUGCUGUAUGUGUAUAGAAGAGGAGUUUUGAUGGGUAGCUUAUUAUUAUUAUUAUUAUAGUGUCUAUUGAGAUUUACAAGUAGGGAAUAAAGCUUGGUUUAAUUUGUUUCUUAGCUUUAAUUUCUUAGUCUUUUUUUACGGAAGUAAUAAUUGAUUUAAUUUCUUCAAUAGUAGCAUCAUUGUAACAUAGCUUUCAAAUUAUAUAUAUCCCUAGCUAGUAGCUACUUAUGAUUCAUGUUUA